AUGAAUGCGGGGCCCAUCCAACGAGGGAGAUUGAUCAAUGUCAAACGAUUCUCUCUUUUAUUAUUCUCCUGUACCCUCUGUCACUUAUGUAGGGCUAUUACAGCAUGUGAAGACAAAGUGAAUCCAACUACAAAAGUAUCGGAUUGCGCAAGAGUGGCAUAUCUGUGUAAUGACGCCCUCUACUACAGACUUAUGACGGAGCAAUGUCCGAAGACGUGCAAUAGAUGCCCAGGAGCAUCUGUGACAACGACAAUGGCGCCGACACCGGCGCCUGUGACGACAUCUUGCCGCGAUCUUGUGAAUCCACGGACAGGAGUGUCAAAUUGUGCAACAGUAGCAUAUUUGUGUAACAAUCCCUACUACUACCAGCUGAUGACACAACAAUGUCCGAGAACUUGUAACAGAUGUCCUUCCACUGUUGCUCCAAUAAGUACAACAUGUCGCGAUUUAGUCGAUCCAAGAACAGGAGUGUCGAAUUGCCCUUCAGUGUCUAACCUUUGCCGAGACACGAACUAUUAUAACCUAAUGAAACAGCAGUGCCCGAAAACCUGCGGAUAUUGUACUUGA